AUGUCCUCCAUCUUCAAAAAGCGCACCCCGAGGCCGGCGGCCCGAGGAGCUCUUAUCUAUCAAAAGAUAAUGGCCGGAGUCGGACGCCACUCUCUCUCCGCCGGCGAGGCGACGGUGGCGAGUGAUGAGCCUAAUGGCGCUGAGAAGGGCGAAGAAGCUCGCCAGCUGGUAGCGGGCCCUGGCGCCAACUGCCCAUGGAGGCUGGCAGCUUGCUCCAAACAUGCCAGUCGAGACUGGUCAGUGGUUGUGGAGGGGGGUGUGGCCUGCGGGCCUUUUGCGGAACAGGGUGUGCCGGAACCGUCCUCCAAGACAGCGACAGGUCCCGGUUGCUACGGUGACAGUGAUUGUUGUCACUGGUCAGCAAUGCCUGGUGAGCAUACGGCAACCACGUGGGCGAAGGAAUAUUCCACCCUGCACCCCCCCUGCCCCGAAGGCCUCGGCACAAACAUUUCUCGCAGUGAUCCACAAGCCAGCGAGACUCGCAGGCACGGGACUGGAACUAAUGAAGACAACUAUUCAAUUACCAGAGCAAUUAAUGCAAGUGCCCGGGAGCAAAAGAUCACAGAUGAGCCAAGCAGCCUCGCCAGCCAGCGUCUGAAGUUGAGAACCACAACUGGAGGCCCCGCCCCCUUCCCACGGAGGCCAGGUUGCCCGGCUGUGGGGGCGUCGGGAUCGGCCGGCUCCGGCGAAGAACCCGGCGAGAAUAACCCCCCCCCGCCCCGACGCCGCCACCGCCGCCCCGCCGCCCCGCCCUUUGCAUCUCCUGGUCGCCUUCAUCCCUCCGUCCCUGUGCUGCCAGGGGCGCUGAGGGCCGACACUAAGUCACAACUCCAGACAGGGACGCUCGCUCGCAUUGGCUGCCUUCUUCACCAUAUCUUCCUGCUUGAACUGCGUGAUGAAUGUGGCGACCGCCAAGUGGGAACGUUUGUGUUCGUGCGGACGGAUAAAAGAAUGUUUGGAAAUAGCAACGAUGUCCGGUUCCAAGCAGUGGUCCAGGAUCGGGGAGGGCAAGCAAAGAUCCAGGAGGAGGUCGUGAGGCAGGACACGAUCACAGAAAACAUCAAGGGAGAUUGGCUACGUUCUGGCGAAGGCUCGUUUCUGCGUGGGCGUGCUGCGCUCAGCACAAGCGGGGACGUGUCCGAGCAUGCUGUCAACGGAGGAACGCUUUGGCGCGCUGUCAGAGGAGGCGUCCGCAACAACAACAACAGUGAGGCAAGCGGUCGGGGGCUGGAGAGAGGCAACGAUGUCCGGUUCCAAGCAGUGGUCCAGGAUCGGGGAGGGCAAGCAAAGAUCCAGGAGGAGGUCGUGAGGCAGGACACGAUCACAGAAAACAUCAAGGGAGAUUGGCUACGUUCUGGCGAAGGCUCGUUUCUGCGUGGGCGUGCUGCACUCAGCACAAGCGGGGACGUGUCUGAGCACGCUGUCAACAGAGGAACGCUUUGGCGCGCUGUCAGAGGAGGCGUCCGCAACAACAACAGUGAGGCAAGCGAUCGGAGGCUGGAGAGAGGCAACGAUGUCCGGUUCCAAGCAGUGGUCCAGGAUCGGGGAGGGCAAGCAAAGGUCCAGGAGGAGGUCGUGAGGCAGGACACGAUCACAGAAAACAUCAAGGGAGAUUGGCUACGUUCUGGCGAAGGCUCGUUUCUGCGUGGGCGUGCUGCACUCAGCACAAGCGGGGACGUGUCUGAGCACGCUGUCAACAGAGGAACGCUUUGGCGCGCUGUCAGAGGACGCGUCCGCAACAACAACAGUGAGGCAAGCGAUCGGGGGCUGGAGAGAGGCAACGAUGUCCGGUUCCAAGCAGUGGUCCAGGAUCGGGGAGGGCAAGCAAAGAUCCAGGAGGAGGUCGUGAGGCAGGACACGAUCACAGAAAACAUCAAGGGAGAUUGGCUACGUUCUGGCGAAGGCUCGUUUCUGCGUGGGCGUGCUGCGCUCAGCACAAGUGGGGACGUGUCCGAGCACGCUGUCAAUGGAGGAACGCUUUGGCGCGCUGUCAGAGGAGGCGUCCGCAGAGGAAACGCGGGUUCGACUCCGCGCCGUGUCAAAAAAUGUCUUAUUUUUUAUUUUGUGGCGGCCGUAAUUCUUUCGUGGCGAGCCGCCACAAAUAAAUGAAUGUGUGGGAAA